CACACUCAGUAAGGGCGCUGCACUUAGGUCGCGGCAGUGACCCCCAUCCAAUCUGUGUCAGGCGCUCCGGAGUCAGUCUCGAAACAGAUCUUGGUUUGAUCGAGUCAAGAUCAUUAGAGCUAAUCCCGGACGCAAACUGAUCUGGAUCCCUCCGAAAGUGAUUCAUAUUACUCAAAUGCUUCCAAUCUUGGUCCGACAAAAUGUCAGGAACCCUGCUCCUCUCAAAGUCCUUUCCAGGGCGAGUUCCUGGUGGAGCAAUGUGGAGAUGGGCCCCCCAGAUCCCAUCAUUGGAGUAACUGAAGCAUUCAAGAAGGACCAGAACCCAAAGAAAAUCAAUCUGGGGGUUGGGGCUUAUAGGGAUGACAAUGGAAAGCCAUACGUGCUACCAAGUGUGAAGAAGGCAGAAGAGCUUCUUGCAUCCAAGAACUUAGACAAGGAAUAUGCAGCAAUUCAUGGAAUUCCAGAAUUCUGUAAGGCUGCAUGCAACCUAGCCCUUGGAGAAGGAAAUGCAUGGGUUCAGGAGGGACUGAAUGCUACUGCUCAAGGCAUAUCUGGUACAGGCUCCCUGAGGAUAGGUGCUGCUUUCUUGGAAAAAUUCUUUCCUGGGAACAAGGAAGUAUAUUUGCCCACUCCAUCGUGGGGGAACCAUGCACCUAUAUUCAAGCAUUCUGGGGUGCCCACAAAACAGUAUCGGUACUAUGAUGCCAACACCUGUGGUUUUGACUUCAAAGGAGCUCUGGAAGAUAUUGCUAAAAUUCCUGAGAAGUCCAUUAUCUUGCUUCAUGCAUGUGCUCACAAUCCAACUGGAGUGGAUCCAAAGCCAGAUCAGUGGGCUGAACUUUCAAAAGUCAUUAAAGACAGGAAAUUGUUCCCAUUCUUUGAUAUGGCAUAUCAAGGCUUUGCCACUGGGGACAUCGACCGUGAUGCUCAAGCAGUCCGCUUGUUCCUGAAGGAGGGUCACAAAAUUGCUCUUGCACAGUCUUUUGCUAAGAACUUGGGAUUGUAUGGUGAGUGAUAUGUGGCUUUCCCUGAUC